AUGGAAGAAAUAGUUCAGCAACAACAGCUAGAAGAGCCUGAAGGAAACGAACAAGUCCCUCCUUUGGAAACUAACUUCACAGAACUAGAUGAAGAUUUGGAACAGCCGAAAAAUCUUGACCCUCAACAAGUGUAUGCGGAGAAUAUGGAAUCUUUCCAAGAGUCUAAGAAAAAUUCGGCUGACAUAGUAGAAGAAUAUCGAAAAAUGUUCGCCGACAUACAAAAGACUCCAACAUCAGAUGAAAAUAUCCAGCAUAGAAUGGAAGUACUGAAAGAUAAUGUACACAAAUACAACAAUCCUUUUUACUUACGAGCAUAUAACGUUCAAUCUUCGGAUGAACUCGGUGAAAAUAAAAGGUUAAAUUUCAACAAAACAUAUAGAAAUGAAACAUUGUUUAAAGUUCAUUCAGAACCUAACCAAUAUGGAAACAAACCUACUUUUGUUUCUGCAGACUAUGGAACUACAAUGAGAUGGGGUCAUAAAGCUAAUCCGGAUAGGUGGUUCAUAAACUUACAACCUCAAUUCCAAGAAGUUGUAGACGCAAUGGAAGUGAAUGGUGAACCAGAUAUAGCUGGUAUUUUCAGCGCGGCUUUAAUGCCAUUGAAAGAUAUGAAACAUGCAGAUAUUUUGGACCAGUAUGAAAUGAACAUGGCUGAUGGAAAUAUAACACCUGACGUUCUAGAACAUUUAUCUCAAAGAACUACACAGAACCAUAGAGAUGGUAUAUUUGGUGAAGAGUUUAGAAAGAAAGUUAGGGAGAAAGAAGGAAGAGAACCUAUUGUACAUGACCUUGCAAACGAAAGUUUGCAAAAUGUCAUAAAAACUUACUUUGCAGACAAUGCAAUGAGAAGGGAUGAAUAUUUAAGAAAACUCAAAUGGACAGUACCAAAUGAAAUGUUAGUAUUGAAAAACAUGUUCCUUGACAAAAUAAAACCAACUACAGAAAUAAAUGACGCAAGACUGAAACAUUGGGUAAAAGCUUUCCCAUUCACAAAAGAUAUUAUUGGUUACAUGGAAAGAAAACCAGAAUGGCUACAAAAACAUAUAUUUGGAAACGAGCUUAUUCCAUAUGGACAGGCUCU